GCUAUUUUUUUUCGCUGUACGGCAUGUACUGUACUUGUAUCUAUACGUAAAACAUUACGGCUUUCAAUGAAUUCAAGACAGGAGAACUUCGCCCCUUAUCUAAUUCUCAACGCUAUCAUUUCACCACAAUCAGGCAAAAUGCAGAAACUGAAAAGCUGCGAUGCUAUCACUGGGUGCUCUUUUGCAACGAAGUUAAUAGCAAGCUUUGUCAUAGUUUCUGUUACUUAUUACACAUACAUUAAGAUCCCAGCUGAGAUUCCCCUUGUGUACAAUCAAACCAGAUCUACGAGACGCCAAGGUUCACUUUACACAUCCAAUACAUCCAGCAGUCAUGCCCUGGAACGGCUAAAUUAUCGUGUGGAAACACGCCUGAAGUCGAAGUGCGAAACGAUGGCAAAUAUUGACUCCAAACGUGUUCUCGCUCAUGAUUAAUUUGGAAAUGGAGGCGGGCUUGGAAACUUCAUGUUUAUGACUGCAUCUACUAUGGGACUUGCAGCGUCAAGCGAACGAAUGCCAAUUUUUGAUGACCCGUUUGGCCACGGGAUCCUGUUCGGAGACCGCCUACCAAGAAAAAGCUCGUGGUUCGCAAAUCAGAACACCCACAAGUCGCAUGUUAUGAACGUUCCCUGUGUUGGGUUCUACAACAACUUCUCCCUCUCCAAUACCAUUAAAGCUGAUGAAUCACCUGUUAUCUUGCUAAGCGGUUAUCUGCAAUCUUGGAGAUUUUUUGGCAACGUGUUUAACGACAUCCGAUGCCGUUUCACAUUUCUGAAUUCCAUCUACAUUACAGCCCAAGCUGCUCUGAAAGAAAAAUUAAACAUAUUCGAUACAUCUACAUUGCGGACACAUCGACUAAUCGGGGUCCAUGUGCGGCGGGGUGACAUACUUCUUCCUAGUGCAAUUGCUUUCGGACAUGGUCCGGCGUCUGACCAUUAUCUGCUCACGAGCUACGACACCUUGGCCGGGACGUACGAGUCUCGAACUAUUUUUAUUGUGGUCAGCAAUGAUAUGGAGUACUGCCGGCGGUUAUUUACUGGACGGUUCAACGUUGUUUUUAUGGAAGGAAAUUCUGCAGCGAUUGAUUUAGCUAUUUUAUCGUUGAUGGAUGACUUAAUACUGACAGUGGGGACAUUCGGCUGGUGGGGUGCCUUCUUAAGUGAUGCAGAGAUCGUUAGGUACUACGAUCGUUGGCCUAUUCCGGGUUCUUCACUCGAGCAACUAUACAACAAAUCCGACUUUUUCUUGCCGCACUGGAUUCCAGCACACUGAUAUAGAGGCAAUUCUCGAAGAAAUUUUAAUGUUUGUGAUAAUGAUGCCGCAGUCCAUACCACCGAAAGAGACGUUGUAAAGUAUUGCAACAAAUUUUAGGUAGUAUAUGAAAUCCGAAGACUAACAUCCUGGCAAUUAAUUUUAUCACUUUUACAUGCCCCUACUGUUUUUUCGCAUGCCCCUACUACUGAGUUCCAUUUUAAAGUAGGCAUUUCUUAAGGAAUGUGACCCUGGAAUGCAAAACUUGGGCCAAGACAGCACUUUAGGAUAUGAUUUACUACUAACACGUCUGGCGGGUAACACUAACCUCGCCAAACAUUUUCAGUAGAGUAGUAAAGGAGAACUACUAAAUUAAAAUUUGUAUU